GUGGACUUCUAGUUGCUGCAGCUCAUUUUGGUGGUUAUGUAUUUGGAACUGAUAUUGACUAUCUUAUGCUUCAUGGGAAAGCAAAACCUUCUAGAUUGAAUCAAAAGCAGCGAGAACCAGAUGAGAAUAUCCGAGCCAAUAUGAAACAGUAUGGAUUUGAAUCUCAGUACCUAGAUGUAAUUGUUUCAGAUGCUGCACUUCCAUUAUGGAGAAUGCCAUCAUUUUUUGAUGUCAUAAUUACAGAUCCUCCUUAUGGAAUCAGAGAACCCACUGAGAGGAUAGGUACAGAGAAAGAUUAUAAAAUACCUGAUCAUUUAGCUACCAGUCAUAUUCCGUCAAAGGUUACAUACAGUUUACAAGAUAUUAUUGAAGAUUUACUGGAUUUUAGUUCACAAUUUUUAAAGCUUCAUGGUCGUUUAGUUUAUUGGAUGCCUGCAUUUAAUGAAGAUUUUGACAAAAAAAAGUUACCAUAUCAUCCCUGUUUAGAAUUAAUCAGCUGCUGUAAACAAGCUUUGACUGGUCAUUCAUCUCGUUACCUCAUCACAAUGGAAAAAAUAAAGGAAAAUGUAAAUGCUGCAGAAAAGGCUUGUGUUCCUGAAGCUGCCUUGUCUUUCCGGAAAAAGUAUUUCGAAGCGCACAAAAAGAAAUCUUUUUUUUAAAUGUGAAUUUAUAUAUGUUUAUAUAUUUUUUAAAUAAAAUAUCAUUUUACAAGGC